AUGAACAUUAAUAGCGCGCUCACCCAGAUCGAAGCCACAGGCGAUGCACCACUGAGAGCAGUUAUCGCAGAUCUGGGCGGAUGGCCGGUGCUGACCGAACAGUGGUCUAGUCAACAGUUUGUCCUUGAAGAUGUACUAGCAAAGAUGCGUGGCAAGUACAGCACCCCACUGUUGUUUAAGUGUAGCGUGGGGGUCGACGACAAAAACUCUUCCGUGAACAUCCUCCAGAUACAGCAAGGAGAUUUAGGUAUGCCAAGCAGAGAAUAUUACCUCCUGAAGGAUCAUGCCAGCCACAUGCAAGCUUACAGCCAAUUCAUGAAAGAUGUAGUGAAACUGUUAGGGGCUAAAGGUCCUGAGGUCAACGAUCAACUUAACGACAUUCUCAACUUCGAAAUAACCCUGGCAAAUUUUGACUUACUGAGAUACCUGAGAGGGUUUGUCGUGGACAACAUCACAGAGGAUGAGCCUGUUGUGUUGUUUGCCACCCAGUAUAUGCAAAACAUUGCCAAACUUCUGCACCACACAGAAAACCGCACUCUGGCCAACUACCUCAUCUGGAGACUGGUCAGCGAUAUGGUGCCAGAGCUCAGCGAACCCUACCAGCAGGUGGAGGCUCAGUAUAAACACGUUAUUCAGGGAGUUCAGCGAGAUUCUGUGCGAUGGAAGAAAUGUGUCAAGUUUGUCAACGAAAAGAUGGGAAUGGCUGUCGGAGCUAUGUUUAUCAAAGACAACUUCAAGAAGGAAAGCAAAGAAACGCUGAACUUUGAGGAGGAUGCAUUCUUUGAUAACUUCCUCAAACUGUUGGAAUUCGCGUCCAAGAAGAUGAUGGAGAAAUUACGGCAGCCUGUACGGCAGGAUCUAUAUGAACAGGAUCCAGUUGUGGUGAACGCAUUUUAUAACCCCAACACCAACAACAUACUGUUUCCAGCUGGUAUACUGCAACCUCUGUUUUACAGUUCCGUAUUUCCAAAAUCUCUGAACUACGGAGGCAUUGGUGUAGUCAUUGGGCAUGAAAUAACUCACGGCUUUGAUGAUAAAGGUCGUCAGUAUGACAAGUACGGGAACAUCAAACAAUGGUGGGACGACCACACAAUUCAAGCCUUCAGAGAGCGUGCCCAGUGUAUCAUAGACCAGUACUCUCAGUACAAGUUGGAUCAGAUUCAUGAAUAC